GGGUAGCGUUUCCUGGUAACUUUUCGAGCGCUCCAUUUCUGGUCGCCAUCGCCGUUUCAUUUGCAGUGUAACCUUUACGAAGGGAUGUGAUUUAAAAAAAAAUUAUUUUUGGCCAGGAUGGGGGGGGAAUUAAAAUCAAACAAAAUUUAUGCCCUUUUUUGACUCAAUUGUUAGAACUCUCAUGGCCGGCUUUUGUUUCCAGCCGGUGAGGGAUGAGCGAACACUCCGAAGGCCUCUUGGUUGGACAGCGAAGGAGGGAGUUGCGAGGGCGCAUGCGUCUUGUGUUCCGAGGCCUCGGGCUUAAAGGGAAGCUGGCGGGCAGCUGAAGUUGUUGCUAGGGUACAUCGGUGGGGUGCUGACGGGUUUGGGAAGCGGAACCCGUGAGUGUGGGGGAAAGGUGCCUUGCACCCCGGGGGAGGAAGCCAGGCCGUCUCUCUACAGAUUGUAAUCUUUGGUUUGAAAAUUUAAUGGAAACAGAAGAUUAUUUUCUCGUUAAGAAUGGGGCUCGCCUUGUUAGCACCAGUCUUCUUCACUCCAAGGGAUUUCACCCUGAAGAGCAGAGAAGUGUUAAAAUACCAGUGAAGAUGCUCCGUGAAAUGGCUGCCCCCAGUCUUGUUAAUGAUUUGAUGUUGCCUGAAAAUGAAUCAGCAUACAUUCCCCCUGCUUUGUCAGCAAAUAAGCCGAGUCCUGCUGACUUGAAUGGAAUAUCGAGUGGUACAUCAUAUGUGGCAUCUGAUAGAAAUCAUAAACAUCUGCCUAAGCCAAAAAAUGUUAUGGAUCCCAUUUUAUCAGAAGAGGAUAACCCUAAUGCUAUUGCAGUCCAAGGGGUUCCUUUGGAUAAUGCAGAUGAAAGUAAUAGAGCAAAAGCAAAUGAUAUCUUUAUUUCUCAGUAUACUGUUGGCCAGAAAGAUGUUCUAAGAGCUGUUUUAAAGCAAAAAGUCCAACACUCACCUACUUUUAAAGAAGUGAAAGUGCAGCUUUUAGAAGAUGCAUGUACAGUAAAAGACCCUGUUUCUGUGGAGAUGAAAUCGCCAUCCAGUGGAAUCGAUUCUGCUUCAACUGUGGCCGCAGCAACGGCUGCUGCCAUUGCAACAGCAGCUCCACUGAUAAAAGUACAGAGUGAUUUGGAAGCAAAAGUUAAUUCUGUAUCGGAAUUACUCAGUAAACUCCAGGAGACAGAUAAACAAUUGCAACGUGUUACAGAGCAGCAGAAAAACAUUAAAAUUCAGCCUGAGAGAUCUUGUUGCCAAGACCGUGAGAAGCAGUUUGACAUGUUUAUAGGGCAACACCUUAGGCAUCUGGAAAAAAUACAACAACAACAAUUAGAUAUUCAGAACCAUUUAAUUACCUCUGCAUUCAACACUGGCAGAUUCCAGCCUGUCAAUGGGCCACCUUCCAAUCUAGUAGAAAAAUCAUUUGUAAAAUCAGAACUUCAACGUCCUGUUACCAGUAACCAUUCUUCACAUCACAGACACACAGAGCUUCCUAGUCAAGCAUAUUUAAGGCAAGUUGAAGAUUUGGGAUUUGACAAUCAAAAAUCUCCACUUGAGACCCCAGCACCCCGAAGAUUUGCUCCUAUACCCGUUUCUAAAGAUGAUAAAAUCUCCAAGAGUGCAAGACCUGGGGAAGAAAAGGAAAAUUUACAGAUAUUAUCUUGCAAAGAAAGUGGAAGAUUGUUGGAGCAGAUCCUAAAUAAUCAGUACACCUGUGUAAAAGAGAGUGAGUCUUCAGAAAGAAUUUCAUUGGCCACAUCAAGAAUAAAACAGGAUCCUCUGAGAGCGAAAUCAUUUCCUUCUCGUGAAGAGUUUCAAAUAGCUGAAAAGACUAUGCAGCACAUCGAUGAUGUCUUUUGUGGUCUUGGCAGAAGGAAGAAAGAGCCAGAAGAGUCUUUGAGCGCCUUUAGAGCUGAUGAUCUUCCACGUAGUCCAGUCCAUCCUAAGUCAACCAAAACAGCAAGAUCUAUUUUGAAAGAUGCUGAAAAAAUUUUAAGAGGAGUGCAAAAUAAUAAAAAAGUUCUUGAAGAAAACCUGGAAGCUAUUAUUCAUGCAAAAGAUGGAGCUGCCAUGUAUUCCUUUAUUAAUGCCCUGGCUACUAACCGAGACAUGUUGGAGAAAUUUCGUAUUAGAAAGACAGUGGAUGAAUGGAUUAAAAUAAUCACUCAGGAAAUUCAGGAUGAAUUGGCAAGAAAAGAUUAUGAACAUAAGAAAUUUGAUAAGAAUCGAAGGUCAAGUUUCACCAAAAAAGCCUUAAAUAACCAACAUCAAAAAACGAGCAGAGAAAUUAAAACUAGUGCUGAAGAUAAAACUAUAAAUAGAUUUGUGUUUCCAGCAAAACAUCUCCAUAAGCAGUUAGAAGAGAGUUAUAGAAGUACAUAUCUAAAGAACAUUUGUGCUUCAAAUUUAGAUAAAGACAGAAAAGAGGGACAUCUAAAGGCAAUCAAAGUGGCACAAAGUAGUGACUACUUGUUACAGAUUUACGGAAAACCAGUUUAUCAAGGUCAUCGCAGCACUCUUAAAAAAGGUCCAUAUCUUAGAUUUAAUUCACCAUCUGCCAAAUCCAAACCGCAGAGACCUAAAGUAAUAGAACAAGUUAAAGGUACUAAGGUAAGGUCAACAAGAACACAAACUGAGUUGGAGAAAACCAGAUCAGUGGGGACAGAUUCAAGAAAGCCACGCUCCUUUUCUUUACCUUCUCACCAGGAACAGCAAUAUUUGUUCAGCCCGAGCCGAGAAGUGCCUUCUGUUUCAGGAACACUUGAAGGUCAUCUUAUUCCAAUGGCAAUUCUUUUAGGACAGACCCAAAGCAAUAGUGAUUCUGUGCCACCUGCUGAAGUAAUUAUAGAAAAACCACACCUUGUAACAGUAACUACUUCUAUUCCUCCGUCCACUCAAACUAAACAAACUGGACCAAAGAAACCCAACACAGCAGUUAUAGAGAUGACAUCAGAAAAAAAGGAUCCUCCUCAGCUUACUAUACAGGUAUUACCCAAUUUAGAUAUUGAUAGCCUUCCAAAUGAAAGCACGGAUGAAAACCAAACUUCCGCCAGUUUCAUAGAAGCAUCUCAUCCCCCACAGACAUGGAUACAGGAUCCAGAAUUUACCCAGCCUGACGAAGAUGACCCCAAGUUUCCAGGAUCCAACUUUGAUGAAGUAAUUGAUGUUAUACAGGAUGAAGAAAAAAGUGAUGACAUUACAGAUUUCUCUGAACCAGUCCUGGAGUUUAACCAAAGUGCUAAAGUUACUUCUCAAAAUUAUAAUGGUCCUCCAUUUCCACCAGUUGUAUCUACUGCUCAGCCUACUGCUGAUAUUCUGGAGAAAGUGAUUGAGAAAAAAGAGGCUCUAGAAAAUAGCCUUAUUAACUGGGUAGAACAAGAAAUAAUGUCAAGAAUUAUUACUAGGAUGCUUCCAUUCCAGCAACAGGCAGUACCUAAUGUCAGUGUUUCAGAAAGUGAAGAAAGUGAAACUUCAGCUCCUGAUGUUGUUGAAGCCGCAGGUGGUACAGGAUUUCGACUCGUUGUUGAUGCAGGUGUGCCUGUGAACUCAGACGUGAUUAGUCUUUUUGUGAAUGAAGCUCUUGAAGAGAUUAUUGCCAUCAUGCUGGGUAACAGGGAAAUAACAAAAGGCAUUCCUCCUCUUCCUGCAAAUGUUCCUGCUGAUGUAACAUACUUACCAACUCUUCACCAUACUCCAGUGCCAACUCCACAGCCUACUCCACCUCAGUCUCCUCCUCCGUGUGCGCUUAAGGAACCACUAUUAAUAAAAACUCCAGAGGCUUCGCCCUGUGUUUCAGAACACAAUGAUAUUUUUCCUGUAAAAGAACAAUUUACUCAAACAGGAAAUGAUAAUCUCCCUGCAAGUACUCUCGUUACUACUCCUGUAGUUACUCCUGCAGCUACACCCCCUUUAGCAGGUACACCAACUCUUACUCUCUCUGAAGAGUCCUCUGAAAAACUGAAGAGACCAAGCCCCAAACUCCCCAAGCCGUGGAGUAAUGAUGAUUUGCCACUGGCUGAAGAGAUUCCUAAUCCUAUUCAAGAGGAACCACUUCACCCAAGAGCUGUUGUGAUGUCUGUGGCACGAGAUGAAGAGCCUGAGAACUUGGUCGUACCCAGUCCAUGCCCCGUUCCCAAUCCAGUCGUCUUUAAGUCAUUUCCUGCUGAAGCUCGAGCUCCUUCUCCGGUGCACACGCCAGGUUCUGACCAGAUGACACAGGAAAGCAGCUCGAGCUACAUCACCACCACCGCAGAGACCCUCGAGAGACCCAUUUCAGAGGGAGAGAUUCUGUUUAGUUAUGGGCAGAAGAUGGCUGCAAGAGAUAGAGCAGAUGGAGGACUGUUUUUAACCAACUUCAGUGAUAGUUUAUCUAGUACUCUGCAUGAUGCUCAUGAAAUGGAAGAUGAUUCUCCCAGUGAAGGACAGGUGAUGAUGAAGAGACCCCAUAAAGGAUAUCAAGAAGAUAAACUUUUCUCACUUCUUGCUAAAUUAAACCAAGAACCAUUAGAUUCACAGCAAGUGGUCUACCAUUCCGAGGAAUCUGAAAAUAGUGUAGGGGAACUUAGUGAAGGACAAAGACCUAGACUUCCAGCAGCAAAGGAGAGUUUCUUCAUGGGACAUCACAGGGAUCGGCCUACACUCAUUUCUACAGAGUGUUCAGAGCAAAAGAGUUAUCAUGGGCCAUUAUCAAAGCAAUUUGACAAAACCACAGGAGAAGUUCAUGAAGAUUCAUGCGUCAGUCAUGGCCCGAUGAGUUUGGGGGAACUAGAUUUGCAGCAGAUUUCAAGCCUCCCUCUUCAGGCAACACAGAUAAAUGCGAUUAAGUUGGCAGUUGCACCUGAAGAUCUUGCUCCGGGCGAGCAGAAACAACAUCAGGAAGUUCAACCAGCUGAGCAGAAGCCGGUACGAGCCCGUGUAAUACGCGUAAAGAAUAAGUCAGAAACUUCCUUUGCACACCUCCGAGAUUCACUAGGAGACAUGGAUCGGACACAUAUCGAACCUAAUCAUUACCUUACUUCUUUAUUUGCAGGAGGGGAAGCAGUACCACAUUUAACGUCACAGGCCACAUUUGCCAAGAUGUCUGUGACUUUGCCUUCAGUGAAUGUGGACGACCACUCUCACUCUCAGAACAUCAGUACGAUACAGGGAGAUACAGACUCCUCAGGAGCUGAUACUUUUUAAAAAUUGCUGUUUUAUGAAGUAUGUUUAAAUAAAAAAGUUGUUAGUAAUAUUUGUACUACUUUUGAAAUAUUUGUUUUGGUGUAAAACAGUUUCCCAGAUUUCUCUAUUUGUGUUCCUUAAGAAUAAUUCAUAAUAUGUUUUAAGGAGAUAUCCUUGUGAAUAUGUGCAAUUUCUAAAUAAAAUGAUUUAUA